AAUAUGAGGCUCCUUUGCACGUGACACAGAGCCCAGCUGCUGGAGCCGCCACGUCUACGCCAAGCCAUCAUGCUGCAGGGGAGCUGACGUGGGAGUCGCAUGUCCCUUGGUCUGUUUCCGCGGAAGCUCGGCGCUGGCCACGCGAUGGGGACGUUUUUUCAGAGAUUGAUUGCGUGCAUCGCGACUGCCUGCAUCGGCGUUGACUCGAGCAGCAGCCGCCUUUUUGCAGAGGCACAACUGGAAGUACUGCCUGACCCACGGACGGAAAACUCUGACGGCCGGUCCCAGUCCACAAGGACAAGUACCCUCCCACUGUCGACUAUAUCUGGCGUGAAUAGAGCUCUCCAGCAUGCACCCGAUGAGGCAAACUCAAUUGAGCCCAUCGCGAAAUCGUUCAUGCAGGACCCAGAUGGCUUCGGGAAACCUGGACAGGGAAUCUCUCUUGAUGCGCUCGGUGAGCCCAAGAGCGGCACGACUUGGCUGGGAAGAGUUGUGCCGGCGCUUGCCCUUGAGCUGUGCGGGAGUUUCAACAACCAGUGGUGUCAGGUUGGAGGAAUGACCAUCAUUCCACACCCGCCUGCGUCCUUGCACGAGUUUGAGUUGCUGAAGAGAAACAUCGACGGAAGUGGCAGCCCCGAGCUCUUCCUCCACUUUAAGGGAAUUCAUAAGCACGUCAUCCCCGGAAUGGAUCUCGGAGUUCCUGUCUCCUGCCGCAAUGGGGGGCGUCUUCACAGGGAUUAUUUUCUUGAUCUUCAGCCGUGCGCAUCAGAUGAAAUGCCAACGAGGGAUCGGCUCGUUUCUUGCCUCUACGAUACAUCUCCAAGCUGCGUUCGACACAUGCCGAGUGCGGAUCCGGCCGUUAGACGGUCCUAG